GCUGCUGCUGCCGCCGGAGUGUCGCUGCGCGCACAGCUACUACUGCCGAGGACGCUGAUCGUACAUGGGAGAUGGCGACCGCUCGGAGGCUGCUGAGGACACGCAAGAGCUGAUACUCGGGGAAAACCGAAGCUUUAAAACACAGUCACGGAAGAGCACGUCUUAAACGACGACCAUAAUGUCCCAAAUGACCAACCAUGAUGAUAGAUGCUUUGUUGCCAUGGACACAGAGGACGAUGGCGCAGACCCCGCUAGAAUAAUAGAGGCCCUUGAAGCAAAGAUAGGGUCCUAUCGAGAAGAAGGGGACGUGGACACUUGUGCCAAAGCUGGAGGGAGAACCAUGAUGGAGCUGCCAGAGGAAGUCCUUGAAUACAUUCUGUCCUUCCUGUCACCUUACCAGGAGCACAAAACGGCUGCACUUGUAUGCAAGCAGUGGUAUCGCCUCAUUAAAGGUGUCGCUUACCAGUGCUAUCAUGGUUUCAUGAGAGCCGUCCAGGAAGGAAACAUUCAAUGGGAAAGUCGAACAUAUCCGUAUCCAGGAACGCCGAUUACGCAGCGCUUUUCACACAGUGCAUGUUAUUACGACUCAAACCAGUCCAUGUAUGUGUUUGGGGGCUGUACCCAGAGUAGCUGCAAUGCUGCCUUUAAUGAUUUAUGGAGACUGGACUUGAACAGCAAGGAGUGGAUUCGGCCUCUAGCCUCAGGCUCAUAUCCAUCACCGAAAGCUGGAGCAACUCUGGUGAUGCAUAAAGAUCUCUUAGUGCUCUUUGGAGGCUGGACUAGACCGAGUCCAUACCCAUUGCAUCAACCGGAGAGAUUUUUUGAUGAAAUCCACACCUACUCCCCUUCAAAGAACUGGUGGAACUGCAUUGUGACAACACAAGGCCCGCCGCCCAUGGCUGGCCACUCUUCAUCUGUAAUUGGAAGUGUCAUGGUGGUGUUUGGAGGCUCAUUAGGAGCACGGCAAAUGAGUAAUGAGGUGUGGGUUUUGGAUCUGGAACAGUGGUCCUGGUCUAAACCAGCUAUAUCUGGCCCGUGCCCCCACCCACGAGGUGGGCAAUCACAGAUUGUGAUUGAUGACCAUACGCUGCUCAUCUUGGGAGGUUGUGGAGGCCCCAAUGCUCUCCUCAAGGAUGCCUGGCUGCUUCAUAUAGAGGCACCCACCUGGAGGUGGCAGCAGCUGCAGGUGGAAAACGAGGAGCAUGGUGCCCCGGAGCUUUGGUGCCACCCAGCUUGCAGAGUGGGCCAGUGUGUGGUGGUCUUCUCACAGGCUCCUUCCGGCCGCGCACCACUCAGCCCAAGUCUUAACUCUCGGCCCUCCCCCAUAAGUGCCAUACCCUCCCCUCUGGGUCCGGACCCACCUUCUUUGCGCUCUCAGUCCCCCGUGCGCAGCGGUGCGGCCGGCGUCGUUCUCGGCGCUGUCGAAGAGGCUCCGUGCGUGAACGGCCGAUGGGGCACACUGAGGCCCCGACCUUCAGCCCGAGGAAGUGCCAGAGACGGUAGCCCGUCCUCUUCCCAGCAUCCGUCUCCUUUACAAUGUCCCGACAGCCCCCCUCUGGCUCCGCAUCCGCCAUUACUGAAUGGCUCCUCCCCUUCGCCGCGGACCAGUCCGGCACAGGCUGCUUCCCCGCCUCUUCGCCCCCAUCCGCCGGCCUCGACAGACUACAGCUGGGAGGCCACGCACCAUCCCGAAGUGCCCAGCACUAACGGUCUGCACACACCUCCUGCGGGUUCCCCGCGCACUCCACCGGGAGCGGUGUCCCCCGCUGCCUUACGACGAGGCCUGGAGGCAGUCAAAAACACAUCUUCCUCAUCUUUACCCUCUUCCUUAUCGUCACCUUCCCUUCAAACGCAGGGAGUUCCUCUUGGAGGAGGAAGUGGCGGAGCAGGAGCGUGCCCUUCCGGUACUCCCCCGGCUUCCUCCUCCAGCCCCCCGCAGGUUGUAGGAGCAGACGGACAUGCUAUCCCGCCGAUUGCCCGGCGCCUCGGCCACCAUCCUCCCCAGAGUCUGAACGUAGGUAAACCUCUGUAUCAGUCGGUCUGUAUCAAUUGCAAGCCAAUGCAGAUGUACGUGUUGGAUGUGUCACGUGCAAAAGCUGCUGGCACCGUUGCUUGGAGAGUUUAUGGAAACGGGACCCCAGCUGCAGUUACGGGGCCACCAGAGACCAGCCUCCACACUGUAGUUCAAGGGAGGGGGGAGCUUAUUAUAUUCGGGGGCCUCAUGGACAAGAAACAGAAUGUCAAGUACUACCCUAAAACAAACGCCUUGUACUUUGUCCGUGCAAAGAGGUAAUAAUGGAGGUCAACGCCACGGUUGGGAGUACAGGGGUUCAGCCCGUGACCACACAAGGGAACUAACACUUUAGGCCUUUUUUUCUGGUGGAAGAAUUGAUUAUCGGGCUAUCAGAUGUUCCGCUUUACAAUUUCUUCCCUCCUGGCUUCUGCAAAAUCUUAGCCACACUUGGAUUAAAAAUGACUGCGGACACGUCGUUUUUGACUGCAUUGAUCCUACAUAACAUUAUUAGCUCCUGUUAGGCUGAUCAACCAGACCAUAACAUUUCCACUUUUGUCGUCUUCUGAACUUUUAACGGAGGAUGCUGUUGACAGAAAUGUGUGACGACCUUGCAUUUGGCAUCAAACUUUAAGCCUGCGAUGUUUACAUUGAAAAUUGUAUGUAUGUGUAUGCUCGCGUUUCUGCACAGUGGUGGUCAAAAGUUGUGAGAGAUGUGGCACUAUACUAUAAACUUAGUAAACAAUAAAGGCCUCGACGUCU